ACGCACGGAGAUGAAGGGGGUGCUUCCGGGUCGCACUUUAAAAUGGUUUUGUGCGCAGCUGCUGAGGCCUGUAGUUUUUCAGUGCUCUGAAACACGAGAGGCUUGUAAUUAUUUAGCACAUUUCUAAAGCUGAGCAGUGGGAUGGCCCUUAACAAAUCCAUGCAUCCAAGAAACCGAUAUAAAGAUAAACCUCCAGACUUUUCCUAUUUGGCAUCAAAGUAUAAAGAAUUCCAGCAGCAUGUGCACACAAGCUUGACCGGGAAAGUGAGUUUAAAUUUUAAAGAUCCUGAGGCAGUCAGAGCCCUUACAUGCACUUUAUUGAAAGAGGACUUCGGACUUACGAUUGACAUCCCACUGGAGAGGCUGAUUCCUACUGUUCCUUUGCGGCUCAACUACAUACACUGGGUUGAAGAUCUGAUAGGCAGUGACAUCAGUAAAAGUGAACUGAUUCGAGGAAUUGACAUAGGAACAGGUGCCUCCUGUAUCUAUCCUCUACUUGGGGCCACUAUGAAUGGUUGGUUCUUCCUUGCAACUGAGGUGGAUGAUAUGUGCUUUGACUAUGCAAUGAAAAAUGUGGAGCAGAACAACCUUUCUGAUCUCAUUAAAGUGGUGAAAGUACCUCAGAAGACCCUUUUGAUGGAUGCUCUGAAAGAAGAAUCAGAGAUUGUUUAUGAUUUUUGUAUGUGCAACCCACCAUUCUUUGCAAAUCAAAUGGAAGCUAAGGGUGUAAAUUCUAGGAAUCCAAGCCGCCCGCCUCCCAGUUCUGUUAAUACAGGUGGAAUUACUGAAAUAAUGGCUGAGGGUGGAGAGUUGGAAUUUGUGAAAAGGAUUAUCCAUGAUAGCCUUCAACUGAAAAAGAGACUGAGGUGGUACAGCUGCAUGUUGGGAAAAAAGUGCAGUUUAGUUCCGUUGAAAGAGGAACUUCGACAACAAGGGGUCCCUAAAGUCACCCACACUGAAUUCUGUCAAGGACGAACCAUGAGGUGGGCUUUGGCAUGGAGUUUUUAUGACGAUGUAAUUAUGCCUUCUCCUCCAUCCAAGAAAAGGAAACUGGAGAAGCCACGGAAGCCCAUUACCUUCACAGUGUUGGAGCCCACCGUUAAGGAACUAAGGAAUAAAGUUGCAAAUUUGGACCCUGUGACUUCCGAAGCCAUUGAGGUGGUAACAACAGCAAUAGAAAAGAUUCUUAAUGAGCUAAAGGUCCUUUUCAAACGUGUGCCCUGUGGUAAAGAUGAAGUGAGUUUAUUCCUGACAGCCAUACAGAACUCCUGGGUCCAUGUCCGCCGUAAGAAACGAGAUAGAUUGAGACAGCUUCGGGAACUCCCCAGGGCCACAUCAGAUGAGCUGCAGUCCGUAGAAGCAGACGGUAAUGCUGAAAACAAUUCCAGUGCUAACACUGGUCUUGACGGGGCCGAGACGAGCAAUGCUGGAGCGGGGAAAACAUCAACUGAAAGCGAAAAGGAGCUGCCAGUUAACGGGGGUCACAGCCUCCAGGAUGUGAUGCCGGUAGAUCAAGAAAACAAUGUGGAAACUGAAGAAGUGGUUAGAUGUUGUGAGAGCAGUUCUUUUGGCUUUGGAAAGGACAAUGCAGUCGAGCAGGAAAAUGCCACUUCCGCCACUGCAAACCCAGAAGUUGAAACCUCAAACGAGAGUGGGAGUUGCUUUUUGUUCAAGUGCCUAAUGAAUGUGAAAAAAGAUGGAAAGAACGCCCAUGUAGAAUUGCACUGGGUUGAAGGUCAGAAUAGGGACCUGAUGAACCAGCUCUCCACCUAUCUGCGAAAUCAGAUUUUCAAACUCGUGAUUAGUUAAAGAAAUAUGCUCAUGAUAAAGGUUCAUUAUCGCAAGGAUACAUUUUAGAUUUUCUAUCUAUAGUUCUACUGGCUUUCAAUUUCCCAGGGUUUUGUGCAUCUUUUAACCAGUGCAUAUGCAGUAGGCACCCAGAGCUCUUAUCUCUACAGAUGUAAUGUGGCAAAAAUAAAACAAAUUGCUGUCCUUUUAUGUCUUAAAUGAACAAGUAUUCCCCAUGUCUUUAGCUGCUAAUUCACCAAGACAUUCAUCUGCAAAGAUUGUCUCAAUUAGCUGAUUCCAAACAAGGAGAUGCCCCUGUAAUGAGAGGGAGAUUGUAUUUCCUGAUGACAACUACUGCUUAUGUAAGAGUCCUACAGCUCAAAGAUCAUUACAUUUGCAGAUCAUGCACUAGAAAUGAACUUGGAGUGCAUCACUUUGCUGCACCCAGUUGUUUCAUUGCUUUGCAUUUUCCAGAUUUAACUCUUUGCGAGUUCAUCGCCAUAUGUGUCCCAAUACACUCACAUUUCUGAUGAAUCCCUUGUGUCCUUGUAGAAAGAAUUCUUGAGGCACUGGAAGGACAGGGGGAGAAAGUAAAUCUGGGGAAGAAACCAAAGUGGAUUCAAAAACAUUCCUCACUUCUGAGGAAUUUCUGUUUGAAAGAGAUUUUGAAGGACUCUAGAGAGCUUGGGUUUUUUGAUCCUAGCAAAGAGCAGAUACCCUCUGAACAAAACAGAUUUCUUUAUAUGAAGAAGUUUAAAAUGUUAUUUUCAAAUUUUAUUCAAAAAUAAAUACUGAAGUCUGUUAGUAA